CGGGCAGAAGUGUGGAGCGCACGUUACUUUCAGCCGCUUUGUUUCAAAUUCAGAAUUCCCGGUUCUAUGAUAAGUGCACUAUUGAGACUGAUAAGGAUUGAAGGCUGUAGAAUAAAUAGACUGUGUGAGGAGCAACAGAAACCAACACUUCCUUCAUGUCAAGAUAGUAAUUCAAAAUGCUAGUAGCAUCCCUAAAUACGCUGACACCGCGUAUGCGGUUCAGUUUCUCAAAGCCAAGGAUUAAUAACAUGGUCUUCAAGCUCCACUAUAAAGCCACCGUCACACUGCUCUUGGCCUUCGUGAUCCUGGUCUGCGCGAGAGAGUACUUCGGAGAGCAUAUCAAAUGCAUUUCUGAUCAAGGAGUUCCUGACCAUGUUAUUCAGACUUACUGCUUCUUCAUGGCCACAUUUACCAUUGUUCGCCACUACAACGAAAGUCUUCUCGAAGACGGGUUCCUUCCCCACCCAGGCGUAGGACCCAUCCUUUCGACGGACCAGACCUUACACCACACGUACUACCAGUGGGUGCCUUUCGUUCUCUUCAUACAGUCUGUCUGCUUCUACAUGCCGCAUUACAUAUGGAAGAAGAAGGAAGGUGGAAGAAUUAAAGCUCUCGUAGAUGGUUUACAAUAUGCUGGUUUGGCGUUAGCAGAAGAGGAUAUGAAAGUUGGGGCCAAUACGGUUCCAUCGAAAGCGACGUUAGAUAGUCGCAUAGAUCUCAUCAAAAAAGAUAUUAUACUCAGGUUAAAGAUAACCAGGACCUGGUCGACCUGGCUGGUCCUAAUGGAGAUAGCGAAUCUUGUGCACCUUAUGUUCCAAAUAUGGAUGAUAGACAUAUUUCUUAAUGGUGCCUUCAUGGGACUGGGACCAAGCGUGCUUGAUUAUAAAGAGUGGCAACAGAUCAAUGAUCCACUCGAGAGAAUAUUCCCUAAGGUGACAAAGUGCACCUUCCACAAAUAUGGUCCCAGUGGCUCCAUCCAACAGCACGACGCGCUCUGCGUUAUGGCUCUCAACGUUAUAAACGAGAAGAUCUACGUGGUGCUGUGGUUCUGGUUCUUAUUCCUCUUCAUUGCUUCCUUACUUGCUGUUAUCUGGAGAUUCCUGUCUUUCUUCAUGUACCGACGGUCGCUCAAGUUUAACGAGCUUAUGUUCCGGCACGCUUCCCAUAGGAAGUUUAACCCCUAUAAUGUGAUCCAGGUCGUCAAUGGCUGCCAGUUUGGUGACUGGCUCUUUUUGUACUACCUCGCGAAGAACAUGAAGGGCAUCGUGUUUCAGCAACUGUUCGAACAUCUUGCUGAAGAAUUGCAAAAGCGCGAAGUGCCAUACGGCCAGAAAGGGGAUGAAGAGAAAGGUGCCGAGCCUAUACUAUUGGGUAAAAUUGACUACGACGAUGAAACUCUACCAAUGAAAGGCUCAAAGGAUGAUCUUAUGAAAGAAAAGUUUUCAUGAAACACGCAAGAACGUUAGACCAUUCUUAAUCUGUGAUAGCAACUUGCUGCAUUUAAAAAAAAAUUAAGAUAAGUAGAAUUCUUGCUCAAGUAUUGUUAGACAAUAAUAAUAUUAUGUAAGCAUAGAAGCUACCGAUUUUAUUAUGAUCCUGCAAAAGCGUUUACUAGUUAACGGGUACAUAAGUAUAAGUACCGGUGACCGGAUGUUAUAGUAGGUACUUUACCGGAUAUAGAACGAAUUGAUAUGAUAAUUAUUUACAGUUAGGUAUAAUAAGUGUUUGGAUGAAAAUGUUUGCAACCUUUGGAGAAGAAUUUAAUUUGUGUUUUGUGUUAAAAAUAAUCGAAUAAGUAAUGCGAUACUCAAAAUUUUGUUUAUCAGGAUUCAGGAUUAUUUCGUUUCUUAUUUAUACAAGAGAGAUAGUUUUGAUAGAGGUGAAGAUUUUGUGUAAAGUAAUACUUAAUUUAUUAAAUAAAUAGUAAUAAAAAGUACUCCGAUUUGCUCAAGGGA